ACAUGGCAUCAAACUUUGAUUUAAAUUUUAAUUUUAAUCAACAUCUUGAUCAAUCAACAAAGAAUGAAGAUGAUAUAGACUUGGGGGCUCUAGACUUCCUCCUUGAUGACGAAUUCCAACUGGAACAAAUUGUUUCCACAUCAGCAGAAGAUGCAAUUAAGGAAUUAGAGGCUGCAUUUUCUGAUGAAAGAAAAGAAAACUUUGCGCCACCAAAAUUCGAAAAUCAUUGUGGACAAUCUACAUGUAAGAGGUUUAAAACUGCCACAGAAAAGGAACUUUGUGACCUACAGGAAAAAAGGCAGUCAAGAUCUACUAAAAAUAACACCAAAUGGGGUGUUAAAUUAUUUCAAGAUUGGAGUAUGGAAUCACUAGGAUACCUGACAGAUUUCGAGACCAUUUCUGCCAGUGAUUUGAACACACUCCUUGGCAGAUUUUAUGCAGAAGCAUGUAAACAGUCAGACAAACGAAAACCUAGCCAAAAUAUCGAAUACCAUAAAAAUUCUUUCAAAUCUGUCAGAUCAGCACUCAACAGAUACCUAUAG